GUGUGUAUAGAGCUCAGAGCUAUUCCAACAUAAAAUCCUGAGUCAUGUUUUGUGUGGACACUCGGAGAGCGGUCGCCAGCGCAUCCAAAGGGCUGUUCUUAAAGCAAUAUUAAUUUCACACAGUGUGUGUGUGUGUGUUUGUAUAUAGAGGCUUCCAAUGAGAUGAGAUCAAGGCAGAUUUCUCCCUGCGUUGCCAGAUCGGCAGAGGAUCAGAAAUGGAGCAUUCUAUCUGAAUCUUGACCAUGUUCACACACCAGGGAUGUGGCAGGGAUUGUAGGCGAUAAAAGUUGCUGGUGGACGUCUGCCUGGCGGUGGGAAGGAUUGAAAGGAGAGAGUCUUCCUGAGAUGCAGAGGAGGACCGCUGCCUGAGGUCGCGAUGGACGACUCUGACAUAGUCCGGAGAAGGAGGGUGCAGAAGGACUUGCCUCUAACAAGAAAAGGCAGCAGCUGUCGAACCAGCAACAGGAAGAGCUUGAUUCUGACCAGCACGUCACCCACUCUUCCUCGACCCCACUCUCCGCUCCCAGGCCACCUAGGCAGCAGCCCCCUGGACAGUCCUCGAAACUUCUCUCCCAAUGCCCCCGCUCACUUCUCCUUUGUGACUUCGCGAAGGGUGGAUGGACGACGGUGGUCCCUUGCCUCCCUGCCGUCAUCAGGAUAUGGGACCAACACGCCCAGCUCCACCGUGUCUUCUUCCUGCUCGUCACAGGAGAAGCUCCACCAGUUGCCCUUCCAGCCCACCGUGGAUGAGCUGCACUUCCUGUCGAAGCACUUUGGCAGCACUGAGAGCAUCACGGACGAUGAUGGUGGUCGGCGCUCCCCGGCCAUCCGCCCGCGCUCACGGAGCCUCAGUCCCGGGCGAUCUCCUUCCUGCUACGACAAUGAGAUAGUUAUGAUGAACCAUGUCUACAAGGAACGAUUCCCAAAGGCCACCGCGCAGAUGGAGGAGAGGCUGCAGGAGUUCUUCACCGUCAACGCGCCGGAGAACGUGCUCCCGCUGGGGGACGGAGUGCUCAGCUUCAUCCACCACCAGAUCAUCGAGAUGUCCCGGGACUGCCUGGACAAGUCUCAGGAUGGGCUCAUCACCUCCCGCUACUUCUAUGAGCUGCAGGAAAACCUGGAGAGGCUGUUGCAGGACGCUCACGAGCGGUCGGAGAGUGCGGAAGUUGCCUUUGUCACACAGUUGAUGAAGAAGUUGCUCAUCAUCAUCGCAAGACCUGCACGCUUACUGGAGUGCCUGGAGUUUAAUCCGGAAGAAUUUUACCAUCUACUUGAAGCUGCAGAAGACCAUGCGAAAGAGGGCCAUGGAAUUAAGAUCGACAUCCCACGUUACAUCAUCAAUCAACUGGGGCUGACUCGAGAUCCCUUGGAGGAAAUGGCUAACCUGGACACCUAUGACAAUGCCCGCCUCAAUGCCCAAGAGUUGGUCGACUUGAUCGAUGGUCGUGCUGGAAAACCUACAAAGGCACCAUCUGAAGAAGACUUUGACACCAUCAAACUAAUAAGUAAUGGAGCAUAUGGUGCCGUAUAUUUGGUGAGACACAGAGAGACCAGGCAGCGGUUUGCGAUGAAGAAGAUAAAUAAACAGAACCUGAUUCUCCGAAACCAGAUUCAGCAGGCAUUUGUGGAGCGUGACAUCCUUACGUUUGCCGAGAACCCGUUUGUUGUCAGUAUGUUUUGUUCCUUCGAGACCAGGAGGCACCUCUGCAUGGUAAUGGAGUAUGUGGAAGGGGGCGACUGCGCAACGUUAUUGAAGAACAUCGGAGCGUUGCCAGUGGACCUGGCCCAGAUGUAUUUUGCAGAAACGGUCCUGGCUUUAGAGUACCUGCACAACUAUGGUAUCGUCCAUCGCGACCUCAAGCCAGACAAUCUCUUGAUAACAUCGAUGGGCCAUAUUAAGCUUACGGACUUUGGCCUCUCAAAAAUAGGACUGAUGAGCCUCACCACCAACCUAUACGAGGGGCACAUUGAAAAGGAUGCCAGGGAGUUCCUGGAUAAACAGGUGUGCGGAACUCCGGAGUAUAUUGCUCCCGAGGUUAUCCUUCGUCAAGGCUAUGGGAAGCCCGUCGACUGGUGGGCGAUGGGGAUUAUCCUGUACGAAUUCUUGGUGGGGUGUGUUCCCUUCUUUGGCGACACCCCUGAGGAACUGUUUGGUCAAGUCAUCAGUGAUGACAUUAUGUGGCCUGAUGGAGAUGAGGCUCUCCCUGACGAUGCCCAGCACAUUAUCUCCUGUCUGCUGCACCCCAACCCAUUGGACAGACUGGGAACAGGCGGCACCUACGAAGUAAAGCAACACAGUUUCUUCAAAGAUCUGGACUGGAAUAGCCUGCUGCGGCAGAAGGCAGAAUUCAUCCCACACCUGGAGUCGGAGGAAGACACCAGUUACUUUGACACACGCUCUGAUCGGUAUCACCAUGUGAACUCCUACGAUGAUGACGACACCAAUGAAGAUGAACCCGUAGAAAUUCGCCAGUUUUCCUCCUGCUCCCCCCGCUUUAUAAAGGUCUACAGCAGCAUGGAACGUCUGACACAGCACGAGGAGCAGAAGGCCCCAGUGGUCACCCGACGCAACCUCAACAAGCACAAGGAGGAGAAGAGCGAGGCUCUCAACCCCCUCGGCACCCGAGACAAGAGCUGGAGGACUAGCUCCCCAGAAAUGAAGCGCCUGUCUGCCUCGGAGUCGUCCUACGGUGAGAGUGACUCCAGCCCGCCGCUCACGGUCCGCCGCCGCUUCUCCGCCCUCAUGGACACCCACAAGUUCGCCGCUCCGCUGGAGGACGACGCGGAGGCCACGCACAGACACCAGGGGGUGCAGACGGCGGGGCCCGGCCCCGAGCAGGGGGGCCAGCACAAGGAGGGAGAGGGGCCCAGCCACACCGGGCUAGCAAACGCUGGAAGCAGCCCCACAUCCACAGCUGAGCGGCCGGUGAAGGUGCUGGAGACUUUGCCCAGCGUGACCAAGGAAGUAGAUUCCUCCAGCACCAAGGCCACGAGUGACCUGGCGGUGCGGAGAGCGCGGCACCAGCAGCUGUCGGGCGACUCGGCCGAGAAACGGGCGUCCCGGCCCGUCAACAAGGUCAUCAAAUCCGCUUCGGCCACAGCCCUCUCCGUCAUGAUCCCGGCAGUGGAGCAGCACAGUGGUUCGCCCCUAGCCAGCCCGAUGUCCCCACGAUCGCUAUCCUCCAACCCGUCCUCGCGCGACUCCUCGCCCAGCCGCGACUUCUCGCCGACCGUCACCAGCCUGCGCUCCCCCAUCACCAUCCUCCGGUCGGGCAAGAAGUACGGCUUCACGCUGCGUGCCAUCCGGGUCUACAUGGGCGACACCGACAUCUACAGUGUUCACCACAUGGUGUGGCACGUAGAAGAUGGGGGGCCUUCUCACGACGCGGGGCUCUGCGCUGGAGACCUCAUCACCCAUGUCAACGGGGAACCGGUCCACGGACUCGUCCACACCGAGGUUGUGGAACUCAUACUGAAGAGCGGGAACAAAGUGACUGUCACCACCACACCGUUUGAGAACACCUCCAUCAAGGUCGGGCCUGCCAGGAGGUCCAGCUACAAGGCCAAGAUGGCACGAAGGAAUAGGAAAAGCUCAGGAAAGGAUGGACAGGAGAGUGGGAAGAAGCGCAGCUCCUUGUUCCGGAAGAUAACGAAGCAAUCGAACCUCCUUCACACCAGCCGCAGCCUCUCCUCCUUAAACCGCUCUCUCUCCUCCAGUGACAGCCUGCCGGGCUCCCCCACGCACAGUCUCUCCGCCCGCUCUCCCACGCAGAGCUACCGACCUACACCUGACUCCGGCUACUUAGGUGGAGGGAACUCGUCCCAAAGCAGUUCCCCGGGCUCCAGCGUCCCGAACUCCCCGGCCACCUCCCACCACAUCAGGCCGAGUAGCCUCCACGGCCUGUCGCCCAAACUCCAACGGCAGUACAGGUCGGCGCGCUGCAAGUCGGCCGGGAACAUCCCCUUAUCCCCCCUGGCCCACACCCCGUCACCCACCCACCCGUCCCCCCAGCACCCUCCCUCCCCCCAGCCCUCCCACACGGUGGGCAGCUCCAACACCACCCAGACCUUCCACGUCAAGCUCCACUCCUCGCCGCCGGUGGUCAGGCCCCGGCCGAAGAGCGCAGAGCCGCCCCGGUCGCCGCUGCUCAAGAGGGUGCAGUCGGCCGAGAAACUGUCCAUGCCCAUGGCUUCGGAGAAGAAGCUGGCCAUCCGCAAACACAGCCUGGAGGCUUCCCACUCGGACUUCCGCAAGGAGGGCCACCACGCCGACAUCAGCCUCCAGAGCCUGCUGGAGACGGACGGGGAGGUCCUGGGCUCCAGGGCGGACGGUGGGGAAGUGGGAGCCUUCAGGCCGAUGGCCGUGAGGAAGCUGGGCCGGCAAGAGUCGCCGCUGGUCGACCGAGACAUCUUCUCCAGCAUCCGGCAGGAGAGGGGAGAAGGUCUGGACCCGGUGCAGGAGCUGGAGGUGAAGGCGAGCGACCAUGAGGACGGGUUGAGACUUGGCCAGGAGGAGCCAAGGAGGUCCUGGUGCACGUUGCCCUGUGUCCAUGGUGGGACCAACGGCAGAGGUGGGACUGAGACCCCAGCCAGGAGCAACGCCGCUUCCCCAUUGCUGAAGACCUCCAGCGUGGUGAAGACUCAUAUCUCGGAGCCUGCUCCGGACACGGUGCCCUCGGACAGAGGGCGAGACAAGGCUUCCCCGAGCAGAAGGAACGGGGCAUCUUCCCCCUCCGUCCCGUCAACGAGCAGCGACCGACACCCCGGCCCCUCGCCCCCGGCCAGACCCGCCACGUUGGCGGCGCAUCCCGGGGUGAAGGUGUCUCCAGGCACCGCCUCGGUCAGCCUGACCCCCUCCCUCCAAAUCGACGGCGUGGCCAAACCUCCAGAUAAAACCCAGCCCAAGAAGACACCGCCCAGCGACCCUCCAAGCAAGAGACACCAAGGGGUGCAGACGGAGCCCCUGGGUGGUGGGCGCUCCCUACCGAUGGACAAGGGAGCCGAGGUGGAGCCAAGAGAUGCUUCCCCGGGGAUAGACAACAGACCGGGAGCCAUGGAGAAGGGAGAGGCGGCCAACAUCCCAACCGGUGCGGACUCAAUCUCAACCAAAGGUGGGACUGAGAUCCUAGGGAGGACAAGCGCGGUUAUUCCUUCGCCGGCGAUCUCCGGGGUUGGCAAAGACGGGCAGAGGGAGACCAAAGAUGUGGUUGCCCAGCCGGGUAGAGUUGAGGGGAAGGAGCUUUCUCCCCAGGAUAGCAUUCCUCGGCUGGCCGAACAGCAAGACACUGUAGAGAGAAGCUCCGCAGCCAACUGGCCCAAAGGCUCCAUUGAUGCCUCUUCGGAAGGUCACACUGUCCCGGAGAGUAGUAUCAGGAAGCCUCCAACCUCCGCCCCGUGUGGACCAGGGCAAAGUCCCCCAGCUGCCCCCACCGCCACGGGUGGCGACAAGACGGGUUUUGUCAACCAGUUGGCCACGGUGGUGAAGAGUGUACUGGGGCCGGUGGAGAUGGCCAUUCCCGCGGCGCCUGCCACGGUGGAGAGAUGGAAGGCGGCGGAGAGCGUCAAGACGCCGGGGAGUGGCACGGCCAUCUCAGCACCCGCUCCUAUACCAGUGUGUACAACAGCGGCGGCAGCACAGGGCGCAGACUGUCCCACUCUCCCCGAACACAAUGCGAAAAACAGUCACAAGUUUUAGCAAGGGCUGCGUGCAUGUAUGUGUGUGCGUGGUGCGUGCAUGUGAAUGUGCCUGCACAUGUGUGUAUGUGCACGUCCAUGCAUGUACACAUGUGCUUGUGUGUGUAUGUGUGAGAGAGAGAGAGAGAUUCAUGUAUGUGUAGGGUUGUAUGUGGGCGAGAGUGUGUAUGUUUAACGUACAGUAUGUGUGGACCAGUGU